GCCUUUAUCACGACAAGACAGCCGAGUCAGACACACGUCAACACUGACAUCUUUAUUCUUCUAUUGGCAACUGUCAAACAAGAAUAAAAAAUGGCGGACAUCAAGGCUAUUUUCGAAAAGUACGACGUAAACAAAGAUGGCUCCAUCUCUACGUCAGAGCUGAAGGCGGUGGUGAAGGAGUUUGGCCUCCCUCCAUGUGAUCAUCUUGUUGGGCAAAUCAUCAAGGACUGUGACCAGAAUGGGAACGGGAAGCUGGAGUUGGAAGAGUUUAACGUCGUCAUACAGGUGCUGCAGCAGGUCCAGAUCAGCAUGGCGGACCCUCAGGUCAUGGCGGGAGAGAUGAAGAAGAUGUUCCAAGAGUUUGACAAGAACGGUGACGGUUUCCUGAGUAAGGAGGAAAUGCAGGCGGCCAUGACGAAAGUCCACGGCAUCAACAUGUCGGACGAGUCGUGCAACAAGCUGCUGAAUGUCGCCGACAAGAACAAAGACGGAAAACUCGACUACAACGAGUUCGUCAACAUGCUCACGCAACAGUGAGGGCGAAGCUACGCAGAGUUUAGCCUCUACCAGGCACCGCGGAUCGCUGGAAAUAUAGUAGACAU